AUGGCUUCAUCGUCAUCAAACGUCGUCGGCGUGCACUACCGCGUCGGCAAGAAAAUCGGAGAGGGUUCGUUUGGUGUCAUUUUCGAAGGCACCAACUUGUUAAACAGCCAGCAGGUCGCCAUCAAAUUCGAACCUAGGAAGAGUGACGCCCCCCAACUUCGAGAUGAAUACCGCACGUACAAGAUUCUCGUCGGCUGCCCCGGUAUCCCCAAUGUCUACUACUUCGGUCAGGAGGGUCUCCACAACAUCCUAGUCAUCGAUCUGCUCGGCCCUUCGUUGGAAGACUUGUUUGAUCACUGCAACCGGCGAUUCACUAUCAAGACCGUGGUGAUGGUUGCAAAGCAGAUGCUCUCCCGUGUCCAGACGAUCCACGAGAAGAACCUCAUCUACCGUGACAUCAAGCCCGACAACUUCCUUAUUGGCCGGCCAGGCACCAAGGCUGCCAAUGUCAUCCAUGUCGUUGACUUUGGCAUGGCCAAGCAGUACCGCGACCCCAAGACCAAGCAGCACAUUCCUUAUCGCGAACGCAAGUCCUUGUCCGGAACGGCCCGCUACAUGAGCAUUAACACGCAUCUUGGUCGCGAGCAAUCACGACGUGAUGACCUGGAGGCCUUGGGCCAUGUGUUCAUGUACUUCCUUCGCGGUGGCCUGCCGUGGCAAGGUCUGAAGGCUGCUACAAACAAGCAGAAGUACGAAAAGAUUGGCGAGAAGAAGCAGACGACUGCUAUUAAGGAUCUUUGCGAGGGCUUCCCCCUGCAGUUCGAGAAGUACUUGACCUAUGUGCGCAAUCUUGGCUUCGAGGACACCCCCGACUACGACUACCUGCGCGACCUUUUCACCCAGGCUCUGAAGGACACCGGUGGUGUUGAGGACGGCGAGUAUGACUGGCUCAAGGUUGGCAAGGAAACUUCCAAGAAGCCCGAAUGGGACCGCCUGCACAACCCGAACCAGCGCCCGGGCCCGUCCAACAUCGAGCUCCACGCCAACUCUCGCGGCGGCACCGGUACGCCUCACCAGAACGAUCCCCGUGCCCGUCUGACUGCCGACCGUUUAAACGCCGCACAGCCCCCGCCUCCUUCACCGAUCAAACCGAGUACCAGGAAAGAUCGGCAAAGCGCCCCCGUCGCCACCUUGCCGACGAGGGGGAGCAGCGGAGCCGGGGGUCUUCGCGACAUGAACACGCCGGCAGGUUCAACCCAGGCUCAGUUCCAGACCAGUACUCAAAACCUGCCUCGCCCCGCUGAUCCGAGCAGCAUUCCGCAACCGCCGCCAGCUGCUGUGCCCAACAGUCGUGCUCCCGAGCCGCAGCCCACAGGCUUCCAGAAGUUCAUGAAGGCCGUUUGCUGUGGCUAA